AUGGCCACCCAUCUUGCCGCCGUCUCCGUCGCUAAAGGCGAGCCCUUUGAACUCCAAACCCGUCCCACGCCCAAACCAGGCCCAGGCGAGCUCCUCAUCGAGGUCAAGUCCGUGGCCCUAAACCCGGCAGACCACAUCAUGCGUGCCUCGGGCCUCUUCAUACCCGAAUAUCCCACUGUCAUUGGGUUUGACAUGUCCGGGUUGGUCCUCGAGGUCGGCGAAAACGUCCCUAUUGAUCCCAACGAGGACCUCUACUUUCAACCGGGCGCCACUCGAGUUGCUGCCUACGCCGCAUCUUUCUGGAGGUCUUACAACCCUGACUAUGGCUUCUUUCAGGAGAAGUGCAUCGUCCCCUGGCAACACGCCAUGCCUCUCCCAGAUGAUAUCUCUUGGAACCAGGCUGCGACCUUGCCCGUAUCUACCGAGGUAGCUCUUAGCGCGUGGGAUGCAUUGGGAAUUCCACGGCUCGGGGAAGCAACGCAGAAAGAUAACAAGGACAAGAGAGAAGCCCUCCUAGUCUGGGGUGCUUCCUCGAGCGUGGGAACCAUGGGCGUCCAAUCCGCUCGGCUCCUGCGGGACGACGCUGACUCUUCCUUUGCUGCCGUGUACGCCACGGCUAGCGCGGCUAAUCACGAGUACAUACGCUCCCUAGGCGCGGAUCGUGUCUUUGAUUAUAAAGACCCGGAGGUGGUGGACGCGAUUGUUUCAGCAGCUAGAGAGGAUGGCAUGGUGAUUCGACACUGCUAUCUUGCCAUGGGGCAGUUUGCGGCAUGCCAAAGCGUGCUCAAGGCUUUCCUCGAGGACAACAGCGAGAACCAGAAGGCCAAGAUUGGUUCUGCGCCGCUUAUCCCUUCGGACGCAGAGAAGGUGGAGGGAGUGGAAGCCAUCUUCGUGAUGCCGGCAAAUGAUGAAAAGGAGAGGUUGACUCAGCUUCGAUAUUGGCUGGGGACCUGGCUGAGGGAGAACCUAGUUAAGGGGAACGUUAGACCGAGUCCGGAGCCAAAGGUAGUGGGAAAGGGCUUGGGGGCUAUCAACGAUGGGUUGGAUGAGCUGAUGCGAGGGGUGAGCUGUACCAAGUUGGUUGUCGAGGUUGUGGAGUGA